CUCCGGCCAACAGUUUAUUGCGAGGUGCUCACUGUGGAGGGGUAGCACAUGUCCAUUUUCAUCUUGAAGCAGAUUCUGCGAGUUAUUAGAUAAUGUUCAAGCUGGGGAUCUUAGUUGUCUUGGCUGCCGUCGUGGUCUUCGCAGAGGGCAUUCCCUUUCUCGAGGAAAGCAAUACGUUGGCGGAAUGCCUGGCCGCCAAUAAUAUCAGCCAGGCCGAGUUCCAGGAGCUCAUAGAGCGCAGCUCUGGGGAGGAGGAUCUCGAGAACACCGAGCGGAGGUACAAGUGCUUCGUCCACUGUUUGGCCAAAAAGGGAAAUCUUCUGGACUCAAAUGGCUACUUGGAUGUGGAAAUGAUUGACCAACUCGAACCCGUGACGGAUGAGCUUCGAGAGGUUCUGUACGAGUGCAAGAAAAUCCACGACAGUGAGGAAGAUUUGUGUGAAUAUGCUUUUAAGAUGGUGACUUGUCUGACGGAGAGCUUGGAGCAGAGCGACGAGGUCACCGAAGCGGAGAAAAAUACAAACAAAUUAAAUGAAUAAUCGAGCGCAAACUGGUUAAGCAACUUAAA